AUGGCUGGUGCAGACCAACAGCGGGAGAUUGUUAUCAUCGGGGGCGGUAUCAUCGGAUGUUGCUCCGCAUACUACCUGACGAGGCACCCGUCCUACGAUCCUUCGCGCCACAAAAUCACUCUGCUCGAAGCUACAGAAAUCGCCGGCGGGGCGUCGGGCAAGGCUGGAGGACUUCUUGCACUCUGGGCCUAUCCCAGCAACAUCGUGCCGUUGAGCUACAAACUGCAUGCUGAGCUGGCAAAGGAGCACGGUGGGAAAGAACGAUGGGGUUAUCGAGAGGUCAAUUGUGGUCAACUGGUUGCGAGAGGUCGUGCGAUUGAUGAAAAGAAGGGUCUGGCCGGAGCCAAAGAGGGCGGAUCAUCCGUGUCACUGCAGAAGCGCGACUCUCUCGCCCUUGGUAAAUUGAGAGCUGCCGGUGUUCCUUCUGAUUUGGACUGGGUUGUCCCCGAGGGUCUAAUCGGUUACGAAAGUAUGGCUGGGCCAGGAGAAACGGCUCAGGUCCAUCCAUAUCUUUUCACUACAUCGAUCGCCAAACUUGCCGAAGAGAAGGGCGCAAGGAUUAUCUUGGGAAAAGUUACGGAUAUCGGGCGGUCUGCUGACGGGGUCCAGUCUGUGACCUACACUGAUAAAGCAACUGGGGAGUCGCGCACUAUCCCUGCGACGGACGUCGUUAUUUCCGCCGGGCCCUGGACGAAGUCGGUGUUCCCUCAAGCACCGAUAUCUGCCACUCGCGCCCACAGCGUGGUCAUCUGUCCCACGAGACCCGUGUCCGCAUAUACUCUUUUCACAAACAUCUCGCUAGAGGCUGGUUAUGGUUCCUCCAAGAAAUCACGACCGACUGUCGUGACACCGGAGAUCUACGCCCGUCCAGACAACACGGUAUACGCGUGCGGAGAGGGUGAUCACCUCGUCCCACUACCUGAGACGACCGCAGACGUCCAGGUUGACCAGUCGCGUUGUCAGGACAUCAUUGACGCUGUUGGCAGCAUCUCAGAGGAACUGAAAGGCGGAGAGGUAACUGUACGCCAGGCCUGCUAUCUGCCCAAUGUUGAUGCUCCUCGUGGAGGACCAAUGAUUGGUCAUACUGGGAUCAAGGGCCUAUAUAUGGCAGCGGGUCAUACGUGCUGGGGUAUUCAAAACGCUCCAGGAACUGGAAAGCUCAUCAGCGAAUUUGUGUUUGAAGGAAGCGCCAAAAGCGCCAACGUUGCGGCGCUGGACCCUCGGAAGUUCCUAUGA